AAAGGGAAAAUUACAUUGGGACACGUUUUUUCCCAUUUAUUUCUAAUAAUACCGUUUAUCUUUAAAUUAUUAAGUUUACCGUCAGUUUUACCGUUUUUGAUUUUUAUACCAUUUCUUUAUUUUUUGGCUUCUUCAACACGCUUAGUGGAUGAGAGGGGCUGACGUAAGUGUCAGUUGAAAUGUGAUAGGCGUCUUAUCAGUGUGGGCGCGUGGGCACGUUUCACUUUUUGAAUUUUUUUAAAAUUUUCACCCAAAAGGUGGGUUGUAAACCCAAACCGCCUAUAUGCCUAUCAAUAUAAGUGUUAUUUCCAUUUUUUCCCAACUUCAUUUCUUUUCUCUAAACGUUUAGUAAUGGUGAAAACACGUUCGUCUAUAUCUCCAUCCGCGUCCUCCAAGGCGAUGAAUCCGAAGAACAAAUCGAAAGAAACAAUGUCCGAGGGUAGUGAUAGUGGAGAGUCUGAGCUUUCUUCGAAGAGGAAGAGGAACAAUGUUGGGUCUAAGAAGGGGAAACAUGCAGAUCGUCCGUUGAAAAAGAUGAAGCAAGUGAUUGAAGAAGAGGAUGUUGAAUAUGAUAGUGACGAUUUGGAGAUUGGAGUUCCAGAUAGUAUUAAGGAGUGGGAGCAAUAUUUUAAACCUGAGAGUCGUGUUAAGGGUAAGAUGAUUUUCUUCCCUAAUACAUUGGAGAACAAAGUGAUUGCAAAUAUCAAUGCUAAGUUGAGCCCUGAACAAAUUAGGCUUUUUCGUAAAUCAUGUUUUGGUCAUUUGUUAGACAUGAAACCAAUUUUAUAUCAACCUCAGUUAAUACAUAAUGCUCUGCUUAGGGAGGUACAUCAAAAAAAUGAGAAGGAGAUGUGGUUUAAGUUUGGGUGUGAAAAUUUUAGGUUUAGUUUGGCUGAGUUUGCGGUCAUAACUGGUUUACUGUGUAAUGGUGAUAAUGAUAUGAAAAAGUAUGCAAAAAGGGAGAAUGCAUUUGUUGAUAAGUAUUUUUUCGAGCAGCAAGUCACUCAUGGUGCGGUUGAACAAAGAUUUAUGUUUAGUGAGUUCAAGAGUGAUGAGUAUGCUGUUAAAAUGGCAAUUUUGUACCUUCUUACCAAUGGGUUGAUUUGUAGUCCUGCUGUAAAAAAAGUUUCUGAUGAGUUGAUGAAUAUUGUGGGGCUUGGUGAAUAUGAUAGUUUCCCUUGGGGGAAAAUUGUUUUUGAUCUUACAUUGCACAAUUUGAUGAUUGCUUUGAGGGGCAGAAAAAGAACAGAUUUGUCUGAUGAUUCAUGUGGUAAGGGAAAAGCUAAGGUGAAACGCAAACAGACGAAAGAAAAUAGUAAAACAUACAAGUUACCUGGUUUCCCUUAUGCAUUUAUGGUCUGGUUGUAUGAAACUAUUCCGUUAUGUCUUAAGGCAUCUAUAUGCCAAUAUGAUGCUUCGCAAGAGUAUAGGAUUUGUAGGUGGUCAAGUACUGGAAAUCCUAACUCUGGGGAGCUGGAUAGGAAAAUUUUCAUGUCAUCAAAGCUGAAAGCUCAAGCUAUUCUCCCCACUGAUGUUGAAAGGAAGAUGAUGAAACUUGAAGGUUUUGAUUUCCCCGUGUUGGAAACUUCUGAAGAUGAUUUUGAUGAUGAGCCAUUACAAAGGAAGCAUUAUGAGAAAGGUGACCCAUCUGGUAUACAGAGAAGUUAUGGUGUGGGGAAAUCUGAUCUAGUAGAGUUAAAGAACAAUGUGAAGAUGCUUGUUGGUAAUCAAACAAAAUUUGAUGAGUCUUUGAGUUUGUUGAGUACUGAGAUGAAGUGUAGUGUUAAGGAAUGUGAGUUGAAUAUGAAGUCUUAUAUCGAUGCAAAAAUUGAUGGAAGUUUGAAGUUUUAUUUGGACAUGAAGUUCAAUGAGUUGAGAAAUUGCUUUUUAAGUGGAAAUGAUGGUGGAAAUGUUGUAGUGAGCGAUGAGGAUACUUUUAAUAUGAAUGAUGAUGACCUUGUUUUGACAAAUGAAGAAGAGCCAGUUGUGGAGGUUGAAAAAGCUGGAGAUGAAAUGUUGGUAGAUAAUAAGGUUGAGGAAGUUUUAGAUGUUACGAAUAUAGAGAAUAAGAAUGAUGGUGGUAGUCAGCCUACUUUUGAUAUAAUGUGUUUUAUUACAUCCCAACCUGGUGAUGAGAAAGGGGAUGAUGACAAGAAAGAAGUGGUUGAUGAUGAUCAUGAGAUGUUCAAGAACGGAUCUAACAAGUUAAGGGAAGAUGAUAAUGAUGGCGAUGACAAGGGUAUUGGUGGUGAUGGGGUUGGUGCCAAGGAAGUUAAAGGUGGAGGUAAUGUUGGUGGAUCUAGUGGUGGAGUGAGUGCUGGGGAGUCAGCUGUCAAAGAAGGCAAGGAGGUAGUUAGUGUAAAUGAGAAGGUUGCUGAUGAUGAGAUGAUUUAUGAAGAAACCAAAGAGUUUACUGGUGCAACUGAAAAGUUGGGUGAUAGUCAAGGUACAGAGGAUAGUAUAACACUAUCUGCUUUAGAGAAGAUCAAUGAUAUUGAGGAAACAAUUGCAAAGGGUAAGGUGUUGCACAAAGAAGUAAUGGCUUCUAAUCAGAGGAAUAUUGCAAAGGAUUUGAAUGUAGAGUUUACGCCCAAGGUUGUUAAAAGGGCUGCGAAGCCUGCAUCUGUAAUGAAGAGUCCUUACACAACAAAUUUUGGUUCGGCCAGCAGUGGUAAACCAACUGGUGAAGUGUAUGGAUUGUUUCCAUUUUCAAAUGGAUUGAUGGCCAUGCCAGAUGAGCUUCAAGUUAAAUCAUUUGAGCAAUGGUUCAAGGCUGGUUUCAAUGAUAAAAAUAAAUUGAAGAAGUUUAAACAAGAGGAUCGAGUAUUGAAGGUGCCAUUAGAUUUUGUUGUUGUGAAGGUUAACGAUAAAAUGUGGUUUUACGAUCUGAGAACCCCAGAGAGAAAUUUAUCAUGUUCGGUUAGUAUUUUUUUCUUAUGAUAU